GCAGGGCCGCUAUGCAUUCUGGGUAGUAUAUGUAACAAAAUGGCGCGUGUUUCGAAGAGAAGAAUAGUUCACUCGUAAAUUCAUUCGAGAUUCUUCGACAGUUUGUGGUUUAUACGAACCGCAGAUGGCUUGCAUACAGAGAAUAUAGUCUUCCACGUCUCCGGAAAACAUUUUGGUCCUUCUGUUGGACGUCUGAAGCUGAAAUUAUGAGACGUAGCCAGGCUCCAAGCCAGCUGGCUGCAGCCAAACGUAAGCCUGGGGAGGAUGCUGAUGAAGACUGGAGACCAAACAAGGUUGCUAAGAGGAACAAAGCCAAGUCUGAUAUCGAUGAUUCUCCAUCCAGUCAGUUUAUGUCGCCGUACCGACGACCACUGACCCCUAUCACCAACCAGUCUCGUUUCCCAGACUCUUCAUCGCAUGAGGCCUUUAUCAGAUCAAUCCUGUCCAAACCCUUCAAGAUUCCUAUCCCUAAUUACAAAGGUCCCACAUUAAAAGGAUCACUAGGCAUCCGCAGACAGGGAACUCGGCGGGCGCUUCAUGACCCUGAAGAGGAGGGAGCUCUUGUUCUGUACCACCCUCCACAGCUGUCAGCUCAGGAGGCUCUGAAAGUAGACCUAGAAAAGCAUCCUGUUCAUGUUGUUGUAGACCCUGUCCUGUGCUGUGUGCUGCGGCCUCACCAGAGGGAGGGGGUGAAGUUCAUGUGGGACUGUGUGACGGGAGAGAGGAUCCCCGGCAGCCAGGGGUGCAUCAUGGCUGAUGAAAUGGGUUUAGGCAAGACUCUUCAAUGUAUCACUCUCCUCUGGACAUUACUAAAACAAAGCCCUGAUGCCAAGCCAACAAUAGACAAAGCCAUAGUUGUGACACCAUCCAGUUUAGUCAAGAAUUGGUACAAUGAGAUCAACAAGUGGCUGGGCACCAGGGUCAAUGCCCUCGCUAUUGACUCUGGCUCCAAGGACCAGAUAGACAGGAAUCUUGACAGUUUCAUGUCCCAGCAGGGCAGGCGUGUUUCCUCCCCUAUCCUCAUCAUCUCGUACGAGACAUUCCGGCUCCACGCUGCUGUUCUACACAGGGGCCCGAUCGGACUGGUUAUAUGUGACGAGGGCCACCGGCUAAAGAACUGUGAGAACCUGACGUACCAGGCGCUGAGUGGGCUGAAGUGCAGGAGACGGGUGUUGCUAUCGGGCACACCCAUCCAGAACGAUCUCCUGGAAUACUUCAGUCUGGUGCACUUUGUCAACACUGGUAUCCUGGGCACAGCACAAGAGUUUAAGAAGCGAUUUGAGACGCCAAUCUUACGCGGUCGAGAUGCAAGCGCCUCGGAUAAGGACCAGAAGAGGGGAGAAGAAAAACUCAAGGAGCUGUUGGACAUUGUUGACCGCUGCAUCAUCAGGAGAACGGCCUCCAUCCUGUCCAAGUACCUGCCAGUUAAGAUUGAGCAGGUGGUUUGUUGUCGACUGACACCCCUACAGACUGCUCUUUACAAGCACAUGGUACAGUCUAAACUGGUGCAGGCUCAACUGGACAAGUCCAAGUCAGGGAAGGUGACGGGGUCCGCCUUCACUGCCAUCACCCAGCUGAAGAAACUCUGCAAUCAUCCUUCAUUGAUUUAUGAGAAAUGUCUGGAGGGUGAUGAAGGGUUAGAUGGAGCUCUGGAUCUGUUCCCAGAGAAGUAUAGUCCCAAACACAUCCAGCCAGAGCUGUCAGGUAAGAUGCUGGUGUUGGAUUACAUCCUGGCCAUGACGAAGAGUAAAACCUCAGACAAGGUCGUCCUGGUCUCCAACUACACACAGACGCUGGACCUGUUUGAGAAGUUGUGCCGAUCCAGAGGCUACCUGUAUGUGCGUCUGGAUGGAUCUAUGACCAUCAAGAAAAGGGCAAAGGUUGUGGAGAGGUUUAACAACCCCAGUAGCCCUGAGUUCAUCUUCAUGUUGAGCAGUAAGGCAGGAGGCUGUGGGCUGAAUCUGAUUGGUGCUAACCGACUGGUGAUGUUCGACCCUGACUGGAACCCAGCUAAUGAUGAGCAGGCCAUGGCACGGGUGUGGCGUGACGGCCAGAAGAAACAGUGUUAUAUCUACAGAUUACUAGCAACUGGUACGAUAGAGGAGAAGAUAUUCCAGCGGCAGGCGCACAAGAAGGCGCUGAGCAGCUGUGUGGUGGAUCAGGAGGAAGACGUGGAUCGCCACUUCUCAUUGGACGAGCUGCGGGACCUCUUCCCGUUAAACGAGGACACCAUCAGCGACACGCACGACAAGUUCAAAUGUCGUCGCUGUGUGAACAGAAUCCAGGUGCGGCCGCCGCCCGACGACUCGGACUGCAACAGCGACCUCUCGCAGUGGCAUCACGCGGCAGAUAAACGGGGGCUUCAGGACCUCAUGCUCAAGGCAUGCUGGGAUGCAGCUGUGACCUUCACCUUCCAUCACAGGUCACACGAAGAACAGAGGGGUGUGGUGUGAGGACACAGUCUGUGAUUGGUUGCUUGUGUCACAUGACCAGUGCAGAAAAGAACCAAUGAUUGGUUGGAUGGAGUUCAGCAAUGGACAUUUCAGUAUCACAUGUUGAGUACAGAGAACUGUGAUUGACUGUCGCUUGGUGGAGCAAGACUGAGUAUCUAUAGACCCUGGGAUGGGCCAGUUGAGGAUUGAAUCAAAAAGUGCAAAGAUGAAACACACAGUCUUAUGAUUGGCUGUUUUGAUAAGAAUGACAUGGCAGAGAACACACUCCCAGAUUGGUGACACAAGAAAGAAACUGCAGACAUUUACCAAGGAUGACAGCUAGAAUGGUUAAUGCUUUGCUGUUGCUGUUUGUAGACAGAACCUGAAACCUUCAACAAAACACUGUAGGUAUCAAAAAGACUAGUUGUUGGCAUCUUUUGGUACAUUGAACGGUAAAAAAAGAAGUCAUGAAAAAAGCCAGUAUCAUUGAUUCCCAGAAAAUAAUCUACAGUUUCAACCCAGAUACAUACAUUAGGUCUCUUAGAUAGGCAUAUUAUUUAUUGCAGACUGUUUUUCAUGUAAAAGAGCAAUAUACCUCAUGUACGUAGUUCUAGUUACCAUUACAUAUGUGAAGAAAAAUCUGUACUGGACUUUUAUCCCUGCUGCAGAACAAAGUAUGAUGGAAAUUUCAGCGUGGAGAAGUGAAAUUUGAUCAGUAAUGUGAGGAUAGGUUUUCCAGUUUUUAACAUGGAAGUGACUUUUCCAUUA